AUGUCGAAGUUCUUCAAAGGAGCUGUAAGCUCCGAGUCGUCUUCUGAAUCUGAAAUUUCAGAUGUUGAAGAGGAGGUACAGACGAAGAAAGUCCCACUUGCCCGUGAUUUCGCAUAUCCGAGUGACAGCGAAGAUGAAGAGAAACGUGUCGUGCGAACUCACAAAGAGAAGAAAUUCAAAGAGUUAAAAGAUCUCAUCAAGCAGGUCAAUAAUGCAAAAAACAACAAGGAUUUCACGAAAAUUUUGUCGGCUUUUGACGAUCUUGUGAAGAUUUUUGAAAAGUCAAAGACUGUAUUUGCUCGACAGAAUAUCUCCACUCCUCGAUUUUAUGUUAGGUACCUUGUCGACUUGGAGGAUUUCGUACUUGGCUUUUGGGACAACAAGGAAGCGAAAAGUGCCCUUUCGAAAGUAAACUUGAAAGCCCUCACCAACCUGCGUCAAAGAGUUCGCAAAUAUGUGAAGGAGUUUGAGCAGAAAAUUGCUGAAUAUAGAGAAAGCCCAGACCCACCUGGCUAUGAGACACCCGAAGAAGAAGAAGAGGCCAAAGAAUCGGGCGAAGAAGGUGGCGAAAUAGCAAUACCUGCCGGCAAGGAAAAGAAGAAGGAUCUCUCCAGCAGCGAAAGUGAGAGUGAUUCGGAUUGGUCGACGGAUACUGACUCAAGCGCUUCCGAUGACGACGCCGAUUUUGGUUCGAAAAUGGAGGCACUUAGAAGACAUUUCUUGAAGAAAGAAUUUCGUGGAGAAGAUGACGCAACUGCUGAGAAAAAGAAAGAGAAGAAACGGAAGCAAAGGGAGCAGCAUAAGCCAAAGGUAUUUCCUAUAUUUUCAAGAUGUUGUUAAUG